GUCUCAGGUCGCGGUGGGCGGACGGCCGACUGGACGAGGACUGGAGGGAGUAAUUGACCCAGAACUCAUUUCAGGAAAAGAGCUUCCUUCAAAAUGGCAAAAUAAUGAAAGAGGAAUUUGAACAUUUUAUUUUUGGAUGGAAAUCUGAGGAUGAAAAUUCGAGCGAUUAAUCCCAGCCAUGUGGUAGAACCAGGAAUUUGAAGAAAAUGGAAAUGUUGACAUUUUUGUGGACAUGUGUUUUUCUCCCCUUCAUAAGAGGGCACAGUCUUUUCACCUGUGAACCAAUUACUGUUCCCAGAUGUAUGAAAAUGGCCUACAACAUGACAUUUUUCCCUAAUUUGAUGAGGCAUUAUGACCAGAGUACAGCUGCUGUGAAAAUGGAGCCUUUUCUUCCUCUUGCAAAUUUGGAGUGUUCACCAAACAUCGAAACUUUCCUUUGCAAAGCUUUUGUACCAGCCUGCACAGAACAAAUUAAUGUGGUUCCACCUUGUCGUAACUUUUGUGAGAAAGUAUAUUCUGAUUGCAAAAAAUUAAUCGACACUUUCGGUAUGCGAUGGCCUGAGGAACUUGAAUGUGACAGAUUGCAAUACUGUGAUGAGACCGUUCCUGUAACUUUUGAUCCACACACACAGUUUCUUGGUCCUCAGAAGAAAACAGAGGAAGUUCAAAGAGACAUUGGAUUUUGGUGUCCAAGGCAUCUUAAGACUUCUGGGGGACAAGGCUAUAAGUUUCUGGGAAUUGACCAGUGCGCACCUCCAUGCCCUAACAUGUAUUUUAAAAGUGAUGAGCUAGAGUUUGCAAAAAGUUUUAUUGGGAUAGUUUCAAUAUUUUGUCUCUGUGCAACUCUGUUCACAUUCCUUACUUUCUUAAUUGAUGUUAAAAGAUUCAGAUACCCAGAGAGACCAAUUAUAUAUUACUCUGUCUGCUACAGCAUCGUGUCCCUGAUGUACUUUAUCGGAUUCUUGUUAGGCGACCGCACAGCCUGCAACAAGGCAGAUGAGAAGCUAGAACUCGGGGACACAGUAGUUCUGGGCUCUCAGAAUAAGGCUUGCACUGUUCUGUUUAUGUUUUUGUAUUUUUUCACAAUGGCUGGCACGGUGUGGUGGGUGAUUCUUACCAUUACGUGGUUCCUAGCGGCAGGAAGAAAAUGGAGUUGUGAAGCCAUUGAACAAAAAGCGGUAUGGUUUCAUGCCGUUGCGUGGGGAAUACCGGGUUUUCUGACCAUUAUGCUUCUUGCUAUGAACAAAGUUGAAGGAGACAACAUUAGUGGCGUUUGCUUCGUCGGCCUUUAUGACCUGGAUGCUUCCCGCUACUUUGUGCUCCUGCCACUAUGCCUUUGUGUGUUUGUCGGACUGUCUCUUCUUUUAGCUGGCAUUAUUUCCUUAAAUCACGUUCGGCAAGUUAUCCAGCAUGAUGGCCGGAACCAAGAGAAACUAAAGAAAUUUAUGAUUCGAAUUGGGGUCUUUAGUGGCCUGUAUCUUGUGCCACUGGUGACCCUUCUAGGAUGUUACGUCUAUGAGCAAGUGAACAGGAUCACCUGGGAGAUAACUUGGGUCUCUGACCACUGUCGUCAGUACCACAUCCCAUGUCCUUAUCAGGCAAAAACAGAAACCCGACCAGAACUGGCUUUAUUUAUGAUAAAAUAUCUGAUGACAUUAAUUGUUGGCAUCUCUGCCGUCUUCUGGGUUGGAAGCAAAAAGACAUGCACGGAAUGGGCUGGGUUUUUUAAACGAAAUCGUAAGAGAGAUCCAAUCAGUGAAAGCCGCAGAGUUCUACAGGAGUCAUGUGAGUUCUUCUUAAAGCACAACUCUAAAGUUAAACACAAAAAGAAGCACUGCAAACCCAGUUCGCACAAGCUGAAGGUCAUUUCCAAAUCCAUGGGAACCAGCACAGGCGCUACAGGCAAUCACGGCACCUCCUCGGUGGCAAUCACUAACCACGAUUACUUAGGACAAGAAGCUUCGACAGAAAUACCGACCUCCCCAGAGACGUCCGUGAGAGAGGUGAGAGCGGAUGGAGCGAGCACCCCCAGAUCCAGAGAAGAGGGCUGUGGGGAGCCGGCCUCCCCAGCAGCAUCCGGCUCCAAACUCUGUGGGGAACAGGCCGACAGGAAAGGCCGGGCAGGCAAUGGGAACGAUAAGAUCAGCGUGUCUGAAAGUCUGCGGAGUGAGGGAAGGGUAACUCCAAAAAGUGAUGUCACUGAAGCCGGCCCAGGGCAGAGCUACAGCUUGCAGGCCCCAGGUUCCUCAGAGCCGGGCAGCCUGAGAGGCUCCACGUCACUGCUCGUUCACUCGGCUUCCGGGGGUAGAAAAGAGCAGGGCCCCGGCAGUCACUCCGAUACGUGA